AUGGACUUUUUGACCGACAACGGUGCCAUUAUUGAUUUGCCGGCAAAGUCUAUAAGUUUCUCUGCCGAUCACGCCGUGACUCCAAAACCAAGCGCCAAACCGCGUGCUUCCUUAAGGAUUGCCGAUGACCACGUCACCCUGCCUCCCCGUUCAAGCCUGAUGAUCGCCGUCUUCUCUCGAGAUGCUGAUCCUGACAGCGACGCUAUCGUGGAGAACGACCACAAUUUGCUUCUGGACCGCGGUGUCUCCGUCGCAAGAGGUAUUGUGCGCUUGAAGAUCGGCAAAUCCCAUGUUCUAAUCACAAACUUCACCGAGGAAUAUCAGCACCUAAACAAGGGCGCUUCUGUUGCGUUCCUCGAAGAAAUUCAGGACCAUAGUGCCGAGAUCGCCGUCGCCGAUUUCCAGCGCGAACCGAACGACGCCUUGGGAUCUGCUCCCUUCUUCGACGUAAACCCGGCGCUACCGCAUGAACAGCUGGAAAAGCUAACGGCUUUGCUACUGCGCUACAGCGACUGUUUCUCGACGACUUCGAAGCUACGACAGACUCCCCUUGCAAAGCACCGGAUAAUCACCGAAGAUGGCGCCCGACCAACGCGACAGUCGCCUUACCGCGUGUCUCUUCACGAGCGCGAAGCGAUUCGGACACAAGUCAAAGACAUGCUCGCUGACGACAUUAUACAACCGUCGAAAAGUCCCUGGGCUGCCCCAGUAGUGCUCGUGAAGAAAAAAGACGGCACUUUGAGGUUCUGCGUCGACUACCGACGGCUGAAUAAAUCACAAAAAAGGACGUAUACCCACUUCCACGCAUCGACGACGCCCUCGACCACGUUUGCCACGCGAAGUACUUUUCUUCGAUGGAUUUGA